CAGCGCAGAGCUGAGGGUCCAGCAGUCUGGGUAAACAUGGCGUCUCAGAGGGAGAAAUGUGCUGAUCAAAUGAAGCUCUGGCAGGAGAGCCGGGGCUCGCAGAAACCAGAUGGCGUCACCACAGGAGGUGGAAACCCAAUAUCUGACAAGGGUAACCUACUAACCGCUGGUCCAAGGGGACCACUGCUGCUGCAAGAUGUGGCAUUCUUGGAUGAAAUCGCUCAUUUUGACAGAGAGAGGAUCCCCGAAAGAGUCGUUCACGCAAAAGGCGGAGGGGCUUUUGGAUAUUUUGAGAUUACGCAUGACAUCACUAAAUACAGCAGAGCCAAAGUAUUCGAAUACGUUGGAAAACGAACACCAAUUGCCGUGAGGUUCUCCACUGUUGCGGGAGAAUCUGGCUCUUCUGACACAGUUCGAGACCCUCGAGGGUUUGCAGUAAAAAUGUACACAGAAGAAGGAAACUGGGAUCUAACUGGCAAUAACACCCCCAUCUUCUUCAUCCGAGACGCCAUGUUGUUUCCAUCAUUCAUCCAUUCUCAGAAGAGAAACCCCCAGACUCAUCUCAAGGAUCCAGACAUGGUCUGGGAUUACUGGUCACUGCUCCCUCAAUGUCUCCACCAGAUUUCAUUCCUGUUUUCCGACCGUGGCAUUCCAGAUGGCUUCCGUCACAUGAACGGCUAUGGGUCACACACCUUCAAGCUUGUGAAUGCCAAAGGUGAAGCCGUGUACUGCAAAUUCCAUUAUAAGACUGACCAGGGCAUUCGCAAUCUUACCGUGGAGGAUGCACAGCGCUUGGCUUCCGAAGACCCGGACUAUUCAAUCCAUGACUUGUAUGAAGCCAUCGCCAAUGGGAACUUCCCAUCUUGGACCUUCUACAUCCAGGUCAUGACCUUCCAGGAAGCAGAGAAAUUCAAAUUCAACCCAUUUGACUUGACCAAAAUCUGGCCUCAUGGGGAUUAUCCACUCAUCCCUGUGGGUAAGCUGGUGCUGAACAGGAACCCAACAAACUACUUUACAGACGUGGAGCAGCUUGCCUUUGACCCAAGUAACAUGCCCCCUGGAAUUGAGCCAAGCCCUGAUAAAAUGCUUCAGGGUCGUCUCAUCUCCUACCCGGACACACACAGACACCGCCUGGGUGCAAACUACCUGCAGCUACCUGUGAACUGCCCAUACAGGGCUCGCGUGGCCAAUUACCAACGCGAUGGGCCCAUGUGCUUUUCUGAUAACCAGGGUGGUGCUCCAAACUAUUUCCCCAACAGUUUCUCUGCUCCUGAAAGCCAGCCUUGCGUGAAGGAACACAAGUUUAAACUGUCCUCUGAUGUAGCACGUUACAACAGCACAGACGAAGAUAAUGUCUCCCAGGUGAGAGACUUCUACAGGAAAGUGCUUAAUGAAGAGGAACGCAAGCGUCUGUGUGAGAACAUCGCUGGACAUCUGAAGGACGCGCAGAUCUUCAUCCAGAACAGAGCAGUGAAAACUUUCAUGGAUGUUGACCAUGAAUAUGGCUCCCAGGUCAGGGCCCUUCUGGAUAAAUACAACGCGGAGUGCCCAGCAAAGAAACCCGUGAAAACAUACUCCCAGUACUCUUCUUACCCAACUUCAAAAGACAAAUCCAACUUGUAACCUGCCUACGUCUAAAGAAUUAUCCGUCCACAGGCCCCUACCUGCCAUCUAAUUGUUUAGUGUAGCUCGGCUAAGACGCGAACGAUUGUACUACUCAUGAAAUACAAAUCUUGCCUUCGUUUCGAUUAAUGCUUUAACUCUCUUGGCUGCCGAUUGGAUGAGCAACUUAAAGAAUAACCAUCCAUCCUGAAACACAAGCAUUAAUGGUAACACUUGGUUUAAACCGUGACAUGUCAAUGAUUUGCAUGUUGAAAAUGUAUGGCUGGUUAUGUGAAAAAUCACAUUAUCUUUUAAAAAAAUGAGAUUAAAUCGAAGGGGUUUAUUUACGAAGCAGUGAAUUUAAAACAGAAUUGAGAACUUAUGCCAAAUUGCCUGACUUGGGAAAGUUUUUUUCUAUCAGCUAUAGUUUGGCUAUCUUUCUUACCUGAAUAUUGCAAUUUACUCAGGUUCAUUGUUUAAUGAAUAAACCCCCCAUAUAUACAUAAGUAAGUUUUUAUUUGUAUUCCGCUUCUAUCUCAAGCCAAAUAUAUUAACUGAUGCUCUUUGAUUUGCUUCCAUUUCUACCAAUAGUUUUUGAUAACUAAUAAAUGUUUUAAUUCCUAGAUAAUUACUAUGUGCCUUUUUGAAAGGAUUUAAUAUAUUAAUGGCAAGAUAUGAUAUUGUAUAACUACCAAUAUAAUGUGACAGGCACACAAUGCACUAUGUAAGAAAGGUUUCUUUCAUUUCUGCGGAUUGCGUGAAGAGUGGCUCCUGAUUUCUUAUUGUUUCUCCUGAUUUUGGGCUUUCUGCAAGUUGUUGCUGAAUGCAGAUAAAGUUAAAUGCCUGUGAACAGAAGAUGUAACGUUUAAAAAAUAAAAUCAAUCUUUCUGAUAAACCUG